UGCUGUUGGAACGAGAUCAUGGCGACCAAAGUUUGCGUGACGGGCGCGUCUGGCUUUGUGGCAACGCACUGCGUGCAACAGCUUCUGGAGGAUGGUUACUACGUCAAGGCCACCGUGCGCGAUCCCACGGAUGAGAAGAAGGUGUCGUUUUUGAAGCGGAUCGCCGCCGAGGCCAACGCUGAGGAUCGGCUCGAGCUCGUCAAGGGUGAGCUGCUGGAGGAGAACAGCUUUGACGACGCUGUCAAAGACUGCGAAUAUGUCCUGCACACGGCGUCUCCCUUUUUCAUCACCUCGGACGGUGAUCCAGAUGAAACCUUUAUCCGCCCUGCUGUCAAGGGCACGGAAAACGUCCUCAACUCGGUGGCCAAAUCCAGCACCGUGAAACGCGUGAUCCUCACGUCCAGCUGUGCUGCCAUCUACGGCUCCAACGACGACAAGGAAGGGGUCUUUACCGAGGAAGACUGGAACCGCACCAGUGACCGCAAGAAUGGCGCCUAUUCGCUCAGCAAACGUAUGGCCGAAGAACGUGCCUGGGAAAUGGCCAAGGCUCAGGACCAGUAUCAACUCAUCACCAUCAACCCGGCCUUUGUCAUGGGACCCACCCUCUCUGGUCGUGGCACAGCCAGCUACGACUUUGUGAAGAAAAUUGUGGACGGAUCGAUGAAGCCGUACUGUCCCCAUCUCGUGGUUGGUAUGGUGGAUGUGCGCGACGUGGCCAAGGCUCACAUCAAGGCCAUGACGCACCCAAACGCUCAGGGUCGCUACAUUGUGGCGCCUGAAAGCUUGACGCCCUUGGAUGUGGCAAACAUUUUGAAGGAGAAGUUUCCCAACUUUUCCUAUCCCAGCGGCUAUGCGCCCAAGUGGCUUCUCUACAUUUUUGGCCCAAUGAUGGGUGUCUCGUGGCACUUUGUGUCUCACAACAUGAACGUGGACAUUAAGUUUGAUGUGAGCAAGAUCAAGAAAGAGCUCGACUUUGAGUUUCGCCCCAUCUCUCAAGCGCUUUUGGACAUGGUCGAGGCCGGGAUCGAGUCAGGCAUUCUCAAGCCAAAGAAGAAUGCGUGUGUGUGUGUGUGUGUGUGUGUGUGUGUGUGUGUGUGUGUGUGUUCUGUCUCCGCUCUCUCUCACGUUUUCUCGUCUCUGUCUUCUUUCUCUAAUCAAUUCUGUCUCUCUCUGUCUCUCUCUGUCUCUCUCUGUCUCUCUCUGUCUCUCUCUGUCUGUCUGUCUCUCUCUCUGACCAAACCAAUAAUUCAUCUCUCUCUCUCUCUCUCUCUCGUUUAUUUUUCUCUCUCUCUCACUCCAGGAGCCAAUGCCAGUGUGUGUGUGUGUGUGUCCAUGGAGCGACGGGGAAACUGGUUUCGGCGCCGGGGUCACAAGCGCAACAGCUCCACUGGGUCAGCCCUCAGUGUGGCAAGCGACGAUCUGAAUGGCAGCAGUGACGCCUCCUCGCUCAAGUCGAGGUUUCGAGGUUUUACCGACACCGUGAUAGAGCACCUGACUCGCGAGUCGGCGGCGGGCUAUGCCUUUCUGUCCAAGUUGUCAAACAAGGCCGCCGCUCAAGAUGCGGCGACCCAGAUGCGGCGCUUCCUCAAGGCCUUUGAGGAGAGUAGCCCUCACACCACCGUGGCUGAGAAGGCUGCUGCCGUGCAAGAAUUUUAUGAAAUGAUGCAGAAUCGCAUGGAUCAAGUCAAUGCCUGGCGUGACGUUGACCCGGAGGAACGCGAUCAAGUCAUGGAUGGCCUUGAACGCUACAUUGUGCAACACAUCUAUGACAGUGUCUUUCUGCAGGACGACGAGGAUGAGCAAAAGGAUGUCCGCAUGCAACUGCGCAUUCGGCAGCUGCACUGGAUCACGCCUCGCAACCUCGACGCCAACAUUGACCUGAACAGCGACGAGGUCCUACAAGAAGUGACUCGUGCUCAAGAGGAGCUCUUGACCAUGGACGCCAUGCGUGCGCCGCAGGAUAAGCUCCAGUGCAUUGUCGCGUGCAGUAAAAGCGUGUUUCGCAUCCUGCGUCUUUCCAGCCAGGACAAAAAGGCCCAGGCUGCCGAUGACUUUUUGCCGGCCCUCAUUUACAUCCUCAUCAAGGUCAAUCCACCCAUGCUACACAGCAACAUGCAGUUUAUCGAGCGAUUCGCCGAACCUUCGCGUUUAAUGGCUGGUGAAGCCGGAUAUUACUAUACCAAUCUCAUGAGCGCCACGGCGUAUGUGGAACACUUGAAUGCCGAGCAGCUGGAAAUGAGCCAGGACGACUUUGAUCGUGCUCUCCGUGGUUCAGUCAUUGACGCCACAGAAGGUAUCGAGGUCAUCAAGAAUCUAAAGUCCAUGUUGGAUCGGUGUCGCAACGUUGAGAAUAAGCAGCAGGUUCUGAUGGAAGAAAUGUCGCUUCUUCUCGACACAUUAUCGGCCCUGACCGCUUCGACCGUCAAGCCAAUCCCGACGGUUCCCGAGAGUGCCAUGGCGCGUAUUGCGGGUGGUGUAGGGGUCGCCAGCGACGACGAGGAUGAUGACUCUCUCUUCUCCAGCACCUCAAAGGCCAUCCACCGCACUGAUACGGGCGCCUCGUCCACACCUCCUCCAAGUGAGGACCCUUCUGUAUCACAAAUUCUUGUUGAUGACGAGGCCUAUCCGGCUCCACCUCAAGCCGAGCCGUCCACGGCCAACUCGGCUUAG